ACAUCUAAGAGUGGAAACCAGAAAAAGUGCCUUCAGCCAGUGGUUUCAGAGCAGUUGAAGACUGAUUGCAACCAUGCUGCUGGUUACAGCUGUGCUUUGUGCCCUGGUGAUGGCAAGGCGAGUGCAUUCUGCCCCCUGUGAAACUGUCAGGAUCCCCAUGUGUAAAGACAUGCCUUGGAAUAUUACUAGAAUGCCCAACCACCUGCACCACAGCACUCAGGAGAAUGCCAUAUUGGCCAUUGAACAAUACCAGGAGCUAGUGGAGAUCAACUGCAGCCCUGAACUCAAUUUCUUCCUGUGUGCUAUGUAUGCACCUAUCUGCACCCUGGAAUUCCUUCAUGAUCCAAUCAAGCCUUGCAAGUCUGUAUGCCAAAGAGCCAAGGAUGGCUGCGAGCCUAUCAUGAAGAGGUACAACCACAGCUGGCCAGAGAACCUAGCGUGUGACGAUCUGCCAGUGUAUGACCGAGGGGUGUGCAUUUCACCUGAAGCCAUUGUUACAGACAUCCCUGAAGAUAUAAAGUGGAUGGAGUUUACACAAGAUGUCAUAGUCCCAGAAAGACCAAGAAUGAAUCACUGCAAAAGUUUAAAUAUGGAUCGUUGUAAAUGCAAAACAAUUAAACCCACUCUAAACAUGUACCUGACAAAAAAUUACAGCUAUGUAAUCCAUGCAAAAGUCAAAAGUGUCACAAGAAGCAACUGCAACGAGGUAACUACAGUGGUAGAAGUUAAAGAAACACUGAAGUCAUCAACAACAAUUGCCAGGUCCCAGGUUCCUCUGAUUACCAACUCUUCCUGUCAGUGUCCACAGUUAUUCCCUAAUCAGGAUGUGCUAAUCAUGUGUUACCAGUGGCGCUCAAAGAUGAUGCUUCUUGAUGGUUGUUUAGUAGAAAAAUGGAAAGAUCAACUAAACAAAAGGUUUAAGAGAUGGGAACAGACUUUGCAAGAGCAACAAGUCAAGACAGCCCAAGAGAAGAUUAAGAAUGCAAGUCGCACAGGUCGCAGUGGACCACCAAAGACAAGCCACAAAACCCCCAACCCUCCUCCUGCGCUCUCCAAGAAGACUGUUAAGACCAAGAAGGAUCAAAAAGACAAGAGAGCAUAAACUGAGCUAUGUUCCACCUGAAAGACAUUUCCAAUGCAUGAUGAGAGUCACUAGCUGGCUUCAGUGGCGAAACAUAUUAUUCUCAAACUCAUCCUCAUGGAAACGUGACUUUUAUUUGCUGCACUUUACUUAGCUUUUUUACAUUUUGACCACUACAAACCUUAAAUGUAAGGAUUGUAUUGAAAGUGAAAUAGAUGCUGGUUACAAGUCAAUUUGGUGGCCAGGAUGCAAAAUAUUGUCCAUAGUAUCCUUUCAUAUUAGUAUG